AUGGCAUCCUCCGUACAAGACUCUCUUACCGAGGCUUCGACAGCCGAGGUCACGAGGUCCUGCCUUCAAAAAUUGCAACAAUGCAUUCAUCAGCAAGAGGGCAAGGAGAAGACACAUCUUCAAACCAGACUUGCGGAUUUGAGGCUUUGGUCUGACAGCGUUGGGGCCACAGCUCGGGAGAAGGCUUCUCUAGAUGCAAGGUUCAAGCACCGGCCCGACGACAUCUAUUUCAUCCAAAGCCUCCUCCACAUGCUAGAGGGCUUUCUACGGGAAUGCCUCAUCGCGGCAGACAACGAUGCCCAUUUACGAAAUGUAAUCACCAACAUUGACUCGACGAUAGAUAGCCUGGCCUUUAUAGGCGUACAAAUUCGGCGGAGUGGCCGCAACUCUCGGCUUCGAAAGGUAGAUGGUUCCUUUGAGCGAAACCGGGACAAUUACCAAAAGCUCCGAGCACAUCUCGCCUGCGUUGUUGCGUCGAAACCAACCGAAGGCGGCAGGCCCGCAGACGAGGGGAAGGAGAUACACAGCAUGGAUUACUUUGCAGAACUGGAGCUCCCGCCAAUCCAGCAUCGCCUCGUCGAGGCAAACUUGCGACGGCGACACAGAUUUACCGAAGCGCAGCGACACUCCCAGGGGCUGCUAGACUACUCCACGAAAUCUUCUCGUCCCGUGGGAUCACAGGAAGUCUUCGCCUUGGCCAGGACGCAUCCCAACCAGAAAGUCAAGCCCAUGACCCAAAUUCGCCAGAUACAAGCGCGCGCGGCCGGUGCGGCAAAUGAAGCACCCACAGUAAAUGCAACGUCAGCUUCAGGCCUCGAUUCCAAAUGGGGAGGAUUUCGAAAUAGUCGUCGGCCGGGAUCGACAGUGACACGCAUCACGGCCAUCACAGCUUCAGCGACGUAUCCCAAGGCACGCGACUCGUUGGACCCGGACCAGAGACUGGUCAAAUGCCCCUGCUGCUGCCAGGCCAUCCCAACCACAGAGCUGGAGGACAGCCAAUGGAGAAAACACUUGGCGAAUGACCUGUGCCCGUACACGUGCAUCCUUGAGAAUUGCCCAACGCCGUACCAUCUCUUCGUAACGCAGCAGGAGUGGAACGACCACGUCAUGAGUGACCACCCGCCGCAAUGGCAAUGUCCUUGUUGCGGAGGCGACCCUCCCAUAUUCAAGUCCAUAUCCGGAAUCACGGCUCAUCUGAUGUCUGCGCAUCUGGACGCUGCACCUGACAGUCUCGAGGCCUUGUUGCAAGAAGCAGAACUAAACGUAAUGGGAAUAACGAAAUGCCCCUUGUGUGAUUCUGAAGGUCCUCAGGAUUCUCCAGACCUGGUUGAACAUGUUUUGCAGCACAUCCAUGACUUCUCGCUCCGUUCCCUGCCUUGGCCUGCCGACCCGACCAUCAGUCUUGACAAACCAGUUGGAACAUUCGACAUGGCGCACGCAGUCCGCCAUGGCAAGGACAGUGAGGGCGACGUAUAUAUCUUUGACGUCGCCGGAUGGGCUGAGACUCAAGCUCCAAGCUUCGACACGGACCGCGGGAUCAAACUCGUCUACGAUCCUGAAGGCAACCCGCUCUGUUUGGACAUCGUUGGGCCGCCAGACGAGACGACAUUAAUGGGCGAACAAUCACUACAACUCUGUGAAAUCGACCGGAACCCGCCAAAGGCUGACGCAGGGGAGUCAGCGCUGAUCGUCAAAUCUCAUAAAGAUUAUUUCUCUCACAAUGACUACUUCGUAGACGAACCCAGCGAUGGCCGGUUCCCCUCUCAAACAUCAUGCUCAUCGGAUAUACCAUCAAAUGAUGAGUCCCGGAUAGGUCCCAGCUACUUCCACAUGCUCGAGGCGGACAUGAGAGACAGCAAUGAUGGCCAGCCUAUGCCAUCAAGUCCCAUUGGACACGAGUCCCAGUCCUCCCUUCCCGUCAGCAAUAGUGUUCGGGAUGUAGAAGACGCCGAAUCAAUUUCAAGCGCCCCGGCUUGGCAUGAGUGGGCUCCCAUCCUCAGAGACUCGCUCUCCCCCGGGUAUUUCAAAACUUUCUUCGUUGAAGAGAGAGUGCUGGGGUGGGAUUGGAACAGUAUUGUUCGAUUGGUCCGCCACGAGAUCGAUGGUGCCUACUUAGGUUCCUUUGCCUGCAGGCAGGUGCCAGUUGGAGACGAUUACGGAUGGUUAGAGAAGUUCCUAAUCGAGGUCAAACUCCUAACCAAACUCUCUCACUCCAACCUUGUCUUGUAUCGCCACGCAUGGUUGGAGGAUUCCAACUUUGAUCCGAUUAAUUCCGACUUUGAUCCGAUUAAUUUGAACUUUCAUCCGAUUAAUCCUUCAUCCGUGACUUGUGUAUUCAUCCUCCAGCAAUACUGCAAUGUCGGCGACUUGAAGCAGUAUGUAAUGAGUGGACUCUCCACAGAGAUGAUGAAGGAGCAGUUCAUGGCUCAAUUAGGCCAGCCCGCCGAACGCGUGCUGUUCGAAUAUCAGCGUUCAACCCUGGCGCCCCCGCGCAGACUCCCGCCCGACGAAAUUUGCUCCCUAUUCAAGGAUAUCGCGUCUGGUCUGGCGUAUCUGCACAGCUUGAAUUACAUCCACCGCGACUUGAAUUCUAGUCACUGUCUUCUAAACCGUGAAGGGGGGAAACUCACUUGCCUGAUUACCAACUUUGGCAAAGUCCAACGAAAGAGCGCCAUUGAAGACCUAACUGGGGCUCCGCGCACCAUCUCCUAUUACGCCCCUGAGCUUCUAACACAGGAUGCUAGCAGUCAAUUUGGUAACCCGACCACGAGUUCAAAUAUAUUCUCCCUGGGCUUGGUUCUUUACUUUUUGUGUUUCAAUCGCCUGCCUUACAGGAAUACCGAGUACGUGGGGAAUGGUAUAUUCAAAGAAAGGAACGAGCUCCGCGCCGAAAUUAUACGCUGGAAGGGCUUCCAGGACGAGAACAGGGAGCGGCCGGACUUGCCAGAAAAACUCUAUCAACUCCUCAAGCGGACGCUAGCUGUUGAUCCCGCGGAGCGACCUACCGCGGCAGAAGUACUCAGUACCAUGGGCCCAGAGUCUAGUAGCCGGCGGAAGGAAUCGAAGAAAGGCAACACCAUGUUGUACACCCCAUCCUCGCCAGCCGAUGUCGAUGAGGGAUCCGAUAAAUUUCCCAACAACGAUCGGCCUGGCGCCGCGUUCUAG